UGGCCAGGGAGGGUUCCACGUGGGGCUCCUGGCCCUGGGUUCGUACCUGUGGCGGCCCUCGGCGAUCAUUGGAGCAGACCUUAGAGACGAGGAUGUGGGGCCCAGCGACGCGACUCCCUCCGCGGCUGACGCUGUCCGUUUUGGCGGGCGAUGGACGCUUUUGCAUCUUGAGGUGCGGAGGAGCGACGCGGAAGGACUGGCCGGCGAGGAACCGCCGUGGCUUCUCUGACUCGCACCUACAGCCGUUGCCUCUUGCGAAUUUCGGGGAGUCGCGCUCCAGGGCACACAAGUACACUUCAGACCACAAGCGUUACGUAACCGAUCGGAAACUGGCUGAGACUUUAGCACAGAUGCUGCGGAGGAAAUUAAAGAAACAUCGACAACUGGUAAUGGAGUGCAAUCCAGGUCCUGGAAUUCUGACUGAAGCAUUACUUGAAACUGGUGUUGACGUGAUUGCCCUUGAAAGUGACAAAACUUUUAUUCCACAUUUGAAGUCCUUAGGGAAAAGUCUGGAUGGAAAGCUGAAAGUGAUCCACUGUGACUUCUUUAAGGUGGAUCACAACCACAGUGAACCGCCAAGAUCAGCCAUCACCGUUUCGCAUAGGCUUUUCCAGAACUUGGAAAUAGAAGCAGUUCCCUGGUCAUCAGGUGUUCCUUUUAAAGUAAUUGGAAUCUUCCCACUUAAAAAUGAAAGAAAGGCACUUUGGAAACUUUUAUAUGAUCUAUAUUCCUGUACUUCUAUAUAUAAAUAUGGACGGGUAGAACUAAAUAUGUUUAUUGGUGAAAAAGAAUACCAGAAACUUAUGGCAAAUCCCAGAAAUCCAGACUUGUAUCAAGUGUUAAGUGUGCUCUGGCAAGUAGCCUGUGACAUUAAGGUUCUGCACAAGGAGCCGUGGUCAUCAUUUGAUGUGUAUAACCGGAACGGACAGCUGGGAAAUACAAAGCACAAGGAAUUGUUACAACGAAUACAACAAAACAUGUAUUUAAUUCAAAUGACUCCUCGCAGAAAUUUAUUCACAGAAAACUUAACUCCUAUUAACUACGAUGUGUUUUUUCACAUGGUGAAGCACUGUUUUGGAAAGCCCAAUGCCCAGCUAAUACACCACUUACAUGCACUAAGUCCAGUUGAUACAAAGGACAUACUGACCCGAUCAAGAAAAAGUGAGAAAGUGAAAGUAACUGAUGUGUUUCCUCAGGAGUUUAAACGCCUUUUUGAAAAAAUAGAGUGUUCGAAGGAUUAUGCCUAUAGGUGGCUAUAUGACGACAUUGUGGACGACUUACACGGGUAGGCAGGCGGACUGUCCGGACAUUGGCUGAGCAGCUUAUUAAAUUGGAAUUGUGACACAAACAAACUGAGCUGGAAGCUUGCCUCCUUUCCACGAGAUGACUCUCCUUCUAGAGCACAGGAUAGGCAAGCCGUUUCUUCUGACCUGAUACAUUGGGACACGGAUGUGACAAUGGCUGCUCUUUUAUUCACAGUUGAAUAAAUGGAAACUUGGGUUAGUCGUGGAUUUGAUCAGAUUGAAAUUGUUCUGUUUAGAAUUCCUGUGGUAGAGCACAGGCUUAGUAUGGGAACAGCCCUGGGUUUGAUCCCCAGCGCAAAAAGAGAAAUAAUUUCCUACUACUGUAAACGUACUGGCAGUUACAGGUAUUACCAGAUGAAAUUUGGUUUACUUUUAAAAAUCUUUUGGCCAAACACCUUACAUUGUGUUAAUUUAAAUAUUCCAUUUGCACUGUUGCUGGUUUUUGCUUCUCCCAGAGGGUGAAAAAGUUCAUAUGUUAUACAGUUUGGAAAGCAAUUCAGACUGAUUUAAGUGGCGCGUUUUACCUUUCACUAUGUUGAAAUGUAUUAUCAUGUAUUGUACCGUUUAAUUAUUUAAAUUUUAA